UAUUUCUAUAGAGGUAAAUGGUUCUGAAAAUGAUUUAAUUUUUAAUUUUAAGAAAGCAUUAGAUAAAAAAAGAGAAAUUGGUGUUGAAGAAGAUAAAAGUCAUAAUAAUGUAGAUAAUAAAAAUGAUCAAAAUAAUGAAAAUGAUCAAAAUAAUAAAAGUGAUUAA